UUACAUUUCGCUUUGAACAGCUCAAACGGGAAAUUUGUGCAAAUAACAUGCUGUUGAACGGAGCAUCGUCUAUUAUAGUGAAUAUUCCAACAAUUUUAACAAUUUCAAUUCAUAAAUUAUGAGCUCUGAGAGAGUGAAUCCUGAAAAGAACCUCGAUACAGCAUCGGUGUGUCGACUUUGUCUCAGCUGUGACCAUCUUCAGUUCGUAUCGCUACACGAUGUGCAUCAAGAUGUAUCACUCGCAGAAAUCAUCAAUAUUUGUUUCGACAUUAAGAUCUACCACGAUGAUGGACUGCCACAAACAGUGUGCAACAGUUGUUGGAAAGAGGUGAUAACAUACAACGAGCUACGGGAAAAAUAUCUCGCAUCAGAUAACAUUCUUCGUGAGGCAGCUAGGAAUCAAUGUGCAUCAAAAAAUUAUACGAAUGUUCAACAAUUAUUUCAUCCUUGUAAUCCUAGUAAGGAAUUCAUAAAAGCAGAUUCCGUUAUUUUAGGCCAUCAGCACGGAACAAUGACACCAAUAGACGAUCAAUUGAAUAUAAAGAAUGAAGAAUAUGAAUCUCAGCAUAUUAUUCGUCCGGAACCUGUGAGCAUCGACCAUAAAAGCACAGAACUAACGGACACAUCUGAACUCAAACAAACAACGCAUAAUGCAAAACUUUUCUGCUGUGGAUGCAAUCCUUCGCCAGAAUUUACAAGUCCCGAGGAACUAACUGCACACUGUGAUGUACAACAUACAAAGUACCGUAUCACGGACAAUUCAAUCCGUCCCUUCGAAUGCAACAUAUGCUUUCAACGCUUCUUAACCGAAACACUUCUCAAGCACCAUAAAGAUAGGCCCUACCGGAAGCGGUCGUACAUUUGUGGAUCGUGUGCAGCAGCUUACUUCACAAAUUCCGCCUUAAAGCGGCACGAGCAGAUGUGCACGGUGGUGGAUAAGAACUAUACUUGCGAAGACUGUGGUAAACGAUUUCGCCAAAUCAUUACACUAAAGAACCACCGUAAGCUGCACCAAACGGCGAAAACCUUUCAGUGUCCCGUGUGUUCGAAGACUUUCAAACAAAAGUUUGAAAUUCCCAUCCACAUGGUAACGCACACUGGUGAGCAACCAUAUCCGUGUGAUCAGUGUCCGGCAAGGUUCAAACGGAAGCAAGCUCUUAAAAACCAUCAGCAUCGUCAUGUGAACCCACGACCGUUUAAAUGUGACGCAUGUGACGAGUGGUUUGGCAACCCGACCGCUCGAAAAUUCCAUCGCCAAACGGUACACGAAGGACUUGAUCCUUUCCGAUGUGAGCAGUGUGGGUUAAGCUAUGGGCGCAGGGUACGACUUAAGCAACAUAUGAAGAAAGUACACGGAGAGUCUUUAGAUGGAGACUAAAGGCAGUUGAGGGUUUUU